GAAAACGAUUGCGUCGUUCCUACUUGAUCCUCCCCUCUCCACUUCCUUUCGUGUCUUGCGUCGAGAGUCUUGGAAAUUCUUCUUGUCUUUGAUUCAUUGACAUGAAAAGAAGGUUAUCGGAAUCGUGAUUGCCGCCGAGAGGCCUACAAGGAUCACAGAACUUGGUCAAGCGAAAUGGCGAUCUUUAGCAGAAAGAAACAGACGACAGCUCCUCCACCAUCACAAUCGCAAUCAACAACUCUUCUUACUCAACCAGCGAACCAAUAUGCCAUCGCCAACCCGCCUAGUUGGACAUAUGUUCAACAGCAACCCAAUACAUCUCGUGGCAAUGAACCUCCAUCCUCGCAAGGCUGGCUAGUUGCACCUAUUCCUCCUCAAUAUCAACCCGUCUUCGUUCAGCAAAGCUAUUCCCCUCCUGUACCGCAGAGACCACAGCAAAGUGGCGUAGUCAGCAAAUACAAGCUUGGCUCGGUCACGAAUCUGCUAGCAGGAAACGGAUCCGGAUUAGCUGUCGGUCAAUUCAUUCAUAGUGGGAUCAGUCCACUCUACCAGCAAGGCACCCAAUAUGUCGAUCAAGGAGCGGUACUCUGCGAACUUAUUGCAUCGAAAUUCGACAAUGUUAUCACACUCAUCGAUGGAGGACGGUUCAGUGGAGAUGAAAGGGAGCUUGUCGUCUAUCCUCCGCCUCAGCCUAUGCUACAACAGGAACAAGAAGCAGGAUAUGCGGAGCGGGGUGUUAGCAAGGGAAAGUCAAAGGGCAUGGUCAACAACUCUGUGUCUUCUGCAUUGACUAGUACCAACUACUUCGCAAAAGUCAACCUGUAUGCCAAUUCGAGGCUUCCUCCAAAUCUUCCCCCACUCAAGUUAUAUGUAACGACGUAUCCUCUGCUGUGUCUAGCAGUCCAAUACUCCGAACGAGUCUACGCAAAGCCAUCUGGCCAGGAGAAAGAAGAACAUGUGGAUUCUGAUUGGAGACAUGGUACAAAGGCGAUGGUUAUCAAGUCAGUUCCAAUGGAUGACAUGAACACUAUUGUCUUUGCUAUUCGAGGGACGCAGACAUUUAUGGACUGGGCAGUAAACCUCAAUUCAGUUCCGGCUUCACCAGAAGGGUUUCUCGACGACCCUGGCAACUUCUGCCAUGCAGGUUUUCUCUCUGUUGCUAAGAAGAUGAUCAAACCGGUUGCGGCUCGUCUUCGACAUCUUCUCGAGGAGGACCCUGGGCGAUCGAAGUGUUCACUUCUGAUUACUGGACACAGUGCAGGUGGAGCAGUCGCAGCUCUACUUUAUUCGCACAUGCUUGCCACCAAUCCAGAAACCGAGUCUGAGCUGAACAUUCUCACGGGAUGCUUCAAACGAGUCCACUGCGUGACUUUUGGCGCACCUCCAACCGCUCUCCUGCCUCUCGCCAAACCACCCACUCCAGCUCUUCGAAAAUCCAUCUUUCUGUCCUUCGUAAAUGAAGGCGACCCAGUCGCUAGAGCCGACAAGGCUUAUGUUCGGUCGCUCCUAGAUCUAUAUGCUACACCAGCUCCUGGGCAAACCUGCCUCGAUGCCGUCACACCUCAAAAACUACAACCACUUGUCUCAGGUCUUGGAAAGUCAACGAGCUCGUUGAACAUCAACAAGAUAAAACAUUCAAAAACUCCGAAGAACGUGCCUGCCCCAGGGUUUGCACCAGUAUGGCCAGUGCCAGAAGCAGCAUUAAGUAAUGCAGGAAGAAUUGUCCUCUUGAGAAGUGUUGAAAAGUACGAGACUCGACCAAACAAAAAGAAGCAGAUUCAAGAAAGAAUGAAUGAAGGAGUCGUUGCUCAGAUCGUUACAGACGAGCUUUUGAGAGGAGUCGUUUGGGGUGAUCCUGUUUGUCAUAUGAUGAGUUUGUACGCGAGGCGCAUUGAAGUUUUGGCCACGAAUGCAGUUAUGGGAAGAUCUUGAGUUUUGGUUUGGGGCGUUGGGUGAAGGUUGAGUAAUGAUCGAAGGCGCAUAUGUUAUAUACCCAUCUUUAACUUGAAUUAUUUCUAUGCGAUUCUUGAUGGCACAUUUCCGAGGGAAAAAAUUUCCGUUUCAUGUGACUUCUGCACAGGCCCAUCCAAAGUUAGGGAUCAGGACUCGAUGUCGCAGCGGGCUCCUGCGUCUCUUCCUGCGUCUCGUAGGCCGCCCAUGGCCUAAAAGUCCUUCUCACUUCUGCAGCUUCGAGAUGAAGUUCUCCAAAGGGCUGGCACGAAGGGCGCAGCAAGAACUUGAUGGUGGUGAUCUUCAAAGUCAGUCUCCCGUCGAGUCUGCAUCGAAAUUUGGGUCAAGCAACAAGUGUGCAAGUCUAGAGAGCUACCAACAUGAUCACAGUUCCAGAUGAAAAAGAUCAAUAAUUAUUC